GAGCGUGGUGUGGAUGGUCAAAUUGGAGAUGAAUCCUCGGAAUUGUGUAUGCGACUGUUUGACGCAGCAGACCAAUAUUCUGUGGAACAUUUGAGCGUGCGAUUUGAUCACGGGGUGAUGCGGCCAUUAAGACCAUUGGACCCUUGCACCAUUGGGCAGCACAUACCACCGAUACAGUUUUGUCCAGACGGACAAGAAUUGAAACAAGGACGGCCGGUUGACGGCACUCCACCAGGACAUGUUUGUCGUUGA